UAUUUCCCGACGAGACCGCGUGCUUUUGGAUAAAGCACAGCUGGAGGCGCGGGGCUGACGGAUUUGACAAGAGCGUUGCGGGCGAGUCCGUUUUUUGAGCGAGUCCUCAUGUCUGUAGAAGGAGAACGCAGGCGACUCUUCAACGGUAUGGCUUUUGAGGCAUCAAUUAACAGACUUUUUUCUUCUUGUGGUUUCGAUUGGUCGAACUUGCUCUUUGUGGGAUCAUAG